AUGCUAAGUAAAUCGUCAACUUUUCAUGUUUCAACGCGACACGUCUAUGAGCAUGAAUUAAAGCACCUUCCAUAUCACCAAAAUCAAAACCAUCGAUCACAGAAACAGUCAGAGGUUGAUGAUCCAACUCCCCAUUCAAAUCAAUACAUUAAUCAUAAUCAGCGUCAAGUUUUAAAUUCGAAUAUGUUCCGAUCGGAAAUCAUGUUUAAUUCUAAAGUAAGUAGAUCACUACAUAUUGAUGUUAAUACUAUUACUAACAAUAAUGUAAGCAGUAUCUCACCUACAAAUUCAUGUUUUACUAUUUCUUCAAAUGAUAAUCAUAUCGCUUGUGAAUUUAACGAUAUUAGUGAUAUUGAUGAAGAGAUCAUUGAUGAUAAUGACUCUGACAAUGAUAUUGAUGAUGAUAGUUUCUAUAAUAAAGAUGAAGUCGAUGAAUUAUUCUUUUUCAUACCAACUGUAUCUUCUAAUGAAGUAAAGUAUGGGAAUCAAUUAAAACAGCACCAAUCUAUUCCAUUCACACAAAGCACAAAUCAUAUACAUAAAUUGUGCGAUGAUUCACUCAAUUUACAAGUCUCACCAAAACUUCCAAGUUUAAAAGAACGUAUAACUCGUACACAAAACAUCUGGUGUCUACCAAAUUUAAGUAGGAUAGAAUCGGAAAAAUUAUUGGAGUUUGCUGAAAUCGGAAAUUUCAUCGUUCGUGUAAACCAACAAAAUUCAAGUAUGGUACUCACUCGUGUUUGUCCACCAACAACGGCGAUACGUUCACUCAAUAAAAUUAACGGUUAUUUACAUGCUAAACACAAAGACUACAUUGAAGACAACUACAACAAAAAUCAACAUCAGAAUGUUUAUUUGCCAAUCAAACAUAAUUUGAUUGAAAUACUUCCUCAUGAUGGUUAUUGUUUGACUGGAGACAAGAAAAUGCGUUUAAUAUUCAAAAGUUUGAUACAUUUAUUAGAAUUCUAUUUACUUGUUCAAGUAAGCAAUCGUGGAUCAUUCCUUCGUUUACCAUCGGCAAUUUGUCAAGCAAAAACUACGCAGGAACUUGACCAAAUUAAUAAACAGGGGAUAAACUUUUGGAAAUCAAUCAAUAAUUGGAAUGUUGACUAUAAACCAUCUUUGAAAAAUCCAUUCCUUCCUAAUUCACAAUUGUUUACUUCAAAAAAUUCAAUGAAAUCAUCCAAAUUAAGAAAUCAACAAGAUAGUAAUAUGUCAGUUAAUCAGAUAUCACAACAACAGACACGAGAAUAUCCACGUUGGAGACAAAUGAAUAUCAUUUGUAAUAAGAAAGAUCAUAAGCUGACAACAACGACAAUAACACCACGUGUACGCCCGAGAGCAAGUUCAGUAAAUGAUCGUUCAACACAACAUCAUUAUGAAACAAAAUUAAAACAUAAAGAAAUUGAGAAACCCAUAAAUAUCAAUAAUAAUAAUAAAAUUAAUCAUGCAGAUAAUUUAUUUAAAACAAUGAAACAAAGAUUAGAUUUUAGAAAUAAUUAUUUACACAAAACGAAUGAUAAUAAUAGCAAAGUAGAUCGAAUGUCAUUAGAAAAACAUUCUUGUCAACAGAUUACAAAUAUUCUAUCACCAUCAUCAUCGUCUUCUUCAAAUGUUCCCAUAAUUACUACAACUAUUCAGAAAAUAUCGCCUUUAAAUAAAACUAAUAAAAUCAAUGAAUCAAUUGAAUGUUCUUCUCUUCGAUUAAAUCAAAAUCGACGUCAUCAAAAUGGGGUAUAUGAAGGAGCUGAAAACGAAUUUUGGGAUACUCUUUUGCAAGCUAAGUCUUCAAAUCCAGUUCAAACUGUUGAGACACAGGCAUGGCGUUCAUGGGAUCCGAACCAAAAUACAAAACAUCCUAUGAACAUAACCAAUACAUUCACCGGGGUUAAUACUUCCAUCAUCAUUACCACCACUACUGCUGCUGCAAAUACCGACACUAAUAAUCAAUCACAACAGGGAAAAUUAUUCACUUCAGCUUUUCAUUUAAACAGCACAUCAUGUGAACCAACAAAAACAAGUACUCGUAGUAAAGGUAACACUGAGUAUCAUGAUUUAAACUUUCCACUUGAAAUUGUCAACUCACAAGAUAAAAAGCGUCAGUUAAAACAUCAAAUCUCAUUACCAUCAGACAGAUCCCAUUUGACAUCAGAUGCAUAUGAUAAACAAUUUGUACUUAAGACUCACCAAACAACCAUACAGCCUGUAUGCAUGAAUCUGGUAAAUGAUAGUGUAGGGAAUUCAACCACUAGUGCUAUGAAGUGUAAUCCCAUUGUACAUACAACAAGUAAUACUAGUCAUACUACUAAAAACUGUGCUGGUAGUAUAUGCGACGAUUUAAAACUUCCAAAUUACUUUACACGUAUUGUAAAUACUAAUCAUUAUAAUGAUACCGUGAAUUACCAAGACACUGCAACUAAUCCAAUUUAUUCAAGUGGAUGUUUGAAUAACGAGCUAAGAGUUGACACUAGUUUUAACUAUUAUGAUAGUAAUGAUAAUAGAGAUGAUAAAUUACAGUUUAAUGGUGAAGAAACUGGUAAUAUCGACAAAACAUUAUCGGAUUACGAUGCAUUAAUAGAUCAAGAAAUAGGAGGCUAUAAAAAUACAAGAUAUUCAUUAGAUUUGAAUGAUUUGGCAACACCUCAAACAGUUGGACAUGUAUUUGUUAUGAAAGCUACAGCUUAUCCUAUAGAUGAAUAUAAUUUUUCAUCGAAUCCACCAAUUGAUUCUUUAAACAAUAAUUUCUCUUUAAUUUCAUUGAAAUGUUCAACAACAACAUCAACAACAACCACAGUAUCAGGAGCAUGUUGUGCAAGUUUGAAAAAAGAUAUAUCAUAUCAAGACAAUCAUAUUCCAGGAACAAUAACCACAACGUCAACAAUAAAUGAUACAUGUAAACAUAAGAGUAAUAACAAUAUAUCUGAACCUUUGCAUACAAGCAAUAAACCAAAAUUAAGACGUGCAUAUUCGCUGAAAAAACAAUCAUCGUCAACAUCUAAGCGAACACAACCAUAUGAAGAUUUAUUAUUGUUUAAUGCAAAUUUGAAUGAGAAUAAUAAUAACACCAACAACAGUUUAGACAAUGAUGGUAAUAAUGACAGUUAUAAUCGUAGGUAUGAAUUAUUAUUUCUAGGGGAAAGUUCAACAUGUUUACGCAAUAACAUAUUGCCUACAGAUAAGAUUGAGAAAAUUACUAGAAUGUACGAUGAAAACGAGGCGGAUACAACACAUAGACAGAAAACAGUUAAAACAAUUUCUGAAAAUAAUCAUCGACCUACUCAUUCAUCAUCACCGCCGUUAUCAUCCAAAGUAGUCAUGCAAAAACUGGACGAAAUAAAAAAUAACUCAUCCACGUAUAAACCAGUCACUAAAAUUAUUUAUUCAAAAACAUUGAAUAGUCAAAGUAAUUAUCACCCAGACUUAGAGACAUCAGAUGUUACUGAUACAUUUGUAAAUCAUUAUAAUAAUUCCAAGAAAUAUGAUAUACUACAUGGAGAUCAUACAAUUUGCUUUGAAACUGAUAUGGAAUUAAAUAAGAAUUAUUUCCAAGAUAUUGAACAAAAUUCAAAAGUAAAGAAAUUAACCAUGUCAACGGCUAUAACGAUGACUGCAACGACAACAACAGCACCGAUAUCAGAAACUGUAACAAAAUCAGUUAAUUCUGAAUGUCCAACAUUAACUUUGUUGUCUGCUCCAAGGAUAUCACUGCCUCAUGAGGUUUAUCAAAGUGAACAAAAUUUUUGGGAUAAAAGUUCAAACAGUAGACAACAACAACAAAAUAAUAAUUCACACUCUUAUCGUCAUCAAAUAUCAUCAGAUUCCCAACAAAGUAAAAGUUUAAAACUUGAAUCUAAUACAUCAUCCCCUGGAGCUAGUAGUCGAGCUAGUACUGUAUUUUGUCCACCAUGGGAUACUGCCCCAAUCGGUCCAUAUAUUGCAGAUUUAUUAAAAUUAAACCCACCGUUCUCAUCAACUCUUGAUGAUUUACAACAAUCUCCUAAUGCUUAUCACUCUAAUGAUUAUAAUUCCAAUAAUCUUAAUAACAGUAAAAUUCAUUCACAAUCAAGGAAUACACAUUAUCAACGUAAAGAUUUUACACGGAGUCGUAGUAAAACAUUAUCUAGUGUUGAACAUCAACUAUUGAUUGGAAAUCUACUUACUGACUAUAAUAAUAAUUAUUGUUCCUCGUCUACUGCGACAACAACAACUACUACUGAUAAUAAUCCAGUAAUUUCACCUUCAUCACUAUUAAAUAAUAAUAAUAAAACUGAUAUGUCUAAUCUUUUCAAUCUGUGGGAACAACAACAACAAAAUCAGUCGAACAAUAGAGAACUGAAAGAGUUGUCAUCAACAUCACUAGGAAAUAUGAAUGAGUUUUUUAAAAGUUUACAAAAUGAUUUUUUAACUGAAACGACAACCACGGUAUUGGAAACAUCAACGACGACGCCGACGAUGUCAGCAACAGCAACAACAAAAUCAUUAACAUUGAAGGAUGAUAGUGAGAAAUUGUCACCACCACUUCCAGUGAGAAGUAAACGUGGACUAAAUGAUCCUUAUUCACUUGUUAAUGUAUCAAAAAAUAAUUCAUUAGAUUACAAAUUACAUUCAUUUAUUGAUUUUACAGAUGACAUUAGUCCAUAUGCUGUAACUGCCUGUCAUUCAAUGAAUUAUAAUAAUAACAAUAAUAAUAAUACUAGUAACAAUUCAGCACAAGAUUGUUCAUGUCUAACAUCAAGUGAAUUACAAACUUCUUCAUCUCAUAUAACGAGAUCGUUGAAUAAUCAUCAUAUUCAUGGUAAACUUCGUGAUGAUAAUAAUAAUGGUAAUAAAAAUGUAGAUGAUAGAAACAAUAUUAACAUCAAUACCACUACCAAUACUACCAGUAAUGGUGCUACAAUUGAUAAUCACAAUACCAAUUACAGUGUAACUACUAACGCAGAUAGUACUACUAUCGAAGAACUGAUACCAUACGAUUAUUCCUUGUCAAAUAAAUCAGUACCUUUAGAUUUCUGCCAGAAUCCAUUAAAUAGUUCAUUGGAUAGUAGUACAAGCCAUGGUAAAAUAUGGCCGGAUAAUUAUGUUUAUGCUCAAGUACUACCAAAACAUUUACGCGAUCAAGCUCAAUUCACUGAUAUUAAUUCAUUUGAUCAUACAAUCACAUUUCGAUCAGAUCCGUUCAAUGAUAUGCCACAAAUGGAAUUUAACACUUUAAAAACUCUUGAACAUAUAUCAUUAAAUAAAAAAGAUGAACUAACUGAUAAGGAUUCAUUCACACAACAAUGUAUUGCACCUUUAUCAAUUGGUGAAUCAUUACAAUCUUCAUCAUCUACUAAUUCAUUAGCUUCAUCAUUUGAUUCAAAAACAUCACUUUCUUCAUGGAAUUCUUCAGAAUCUUAUUCACAAAUACCUAGUAAAUCAGAACAAUAUCAUUUAUCAUUGAAUACAAAUAUGAAUAAUAAAUUCAUUCAUUCAAUAAAUACAAAUCAAUUGAAUUUUGAAAAAGCUUCAUUAUUAACUCAUGAACAAUUACAAUCUUCAAAUAAUUUAGAUAAAAUAAAUUGGUCUAGUGAUUUACCACAAAAAUCAAAGAGAGUUGGUCGGCAUAUUAAGAAAUUUUUUCAUAGAUUAAUGACUAAUCCUAAAAGUCAAAUAGCAGAACAAAUUAAUUUAUUUAUAGAAUGUACAAAAGCAAGCAGUGAUCGUGGUCCAUAUCGAACAAUGCAAUCAAUUCGCCAAUUCAUCAAUGGUAUGACCAAUUAUCUCCUCAAGAAUCCAUAUCUUGGUCUUCCAAAAGCUGUUGAACGAGAGAAAAAGGAGUUAAAUGAAUUCGGAUAUGUAAAUGUUGGUUUUCAUUUAGAAUCAGCUUUACAGCGAUAUAUCCUUAAACCAUUACAUUUUCAUGUGAUUAAACAAUUAGAACAGGAACAAAUAAAGAAUACGGAUCUCAGUAACUUACAAAUUAAAGUUCAAAAAUUAUGUGAUCCCGAAAUUCGAGCAUCAGAUCUUGGAAUACAGGCACCUAUCGCACCGCCAAAAGAAUCUCUUAUACAAUAUGUGGUCAAUGUUUAUUCACAUUUAGCAAAUACUUAUUCAGUUCAACGGAAAAUAAAUUAUCUUGUUUCCAUAUUCAAUUAUAUUCGAAAAAGUAUAUACAAUUUGAAAUCGGAUCAAGAAUUAGAUGCAAACUCUUUGAGUACUGAAGAUCUUCAUGCCUACUACGCUUGGGUAUUUGCUCGAUCUGGCCUACUUCUCACAUCACUUAAUCCAACAAACAACCAUGACAUUGGAUUACAGACCACUGCACUUACAAACAGUAAUAAUAAUAUCAAUAAAUCAAUAAUCUGUCCAGCUGCAUUGCAAGCUGAUUAUCUAGAUGGAGUUGUAAAUACCCCUCAGCUAAAUGAUCAAGCAACAGGACUGAAUGAUUUAUUCGGCUCACUGUAUUGGAUAUGGAAUGAUAAAAAUGCAUUAUACCAAUCACAUGAAUCUAGUCCAUUGACACAACAAAAACUUUUAAACACGGAACAACAAAAUGCUUCAUCAUAUUCUAUAAAUAAGCAAGAAUCCCAAUUAAUUACUCAAGAUGAAUCAUUACAGAACAUGAUCAAUUCAUUUAAUUUAGGUUCCUCGAAAUACAUUCCAUAUCAACAUAAGCAAGAUCAUUCAACCUCUAAUGAAAAUAAAAAUUCAUCUAGUAGUUUAUUUCGUUUAACUACAGAAUUUAGUAGACGACGUAUAAUACCACCACGUCGAAGAAAAACCGUCACUGGUGUAAAUUUACCAAAGAUACCUAAUAUUGAACAUUCGAAUGAAAUAAAAUCUUCUCCAACUAAAAUACAACAUAAUGUUAAACAUCUGACAGCUGAUUCGAGUAUGAACACUACUAGACAGUACUCAAAUCUAUCAAAACCUCAGUCUAUUUCCCAUUUAACAUUGAACGAAGAUCACUUUAGUCCUGUUCCGUUGAAUCAAAAUAAUAAUAACAAUAAUACACUGUCAAGAUGGCGUCCAUGGAUUGCACAACCAACUUUGUUGACACAUUCAACGAGUACAUGUCCUCUACCUGUUCAAUCUUCUUCUCUUUCUUCGACCGCAAAUCUAAAAAUGUCUUCUACAUCUCCCGUUCAUGCGAAUACAGCAAACUGUUUACAAGUAUUAGUAAUGAAUGAAGAAACGAACCAAUUACAGGCAUUAAAUUACCCAAUAAGGCCAAACAUGACAGCUAGAGAGCUAAAUAAUUUGAUAGCAUUUCAAAUGAGAAUAUUUGAUUCAAAAGAUUUUGGAUUAUUUGCUUACAUUAAUGGAACAGAAAUUCAAUUAGAAGAUGAACUACGAAUAGCUGAAUAUACUAGUUUAAAUCCAGAUAUUUCAUAUUCAACACAUAUACUUCCAAUAACAAUGACAAUGGUCACACCAUCACGUUCACAAACCGGUACACCUAAUUCACUUAAAGAUCAUGAAACACUUCCAUUCAAAAGUCAUGUUUCUAUUAGUUCACAAUCUGAUUCUACUACCAGUAGUUCAUCUGACUUUCGAUCGCGAACAGUAUCACAUCGUACGGCAAAGUCAAAUCGAAAUCGUGCUGCUUGGUGGACAAUGUGUGGAUCGAAUGGUCAAUCGAAGCAUCAGUUAGUAGUACCAGUCCAAGAUUCAGCUUGUAAAAAUGCUACAGAAUGUCAUGAAAAUUCAGGCUUGCAUAAGCCAGUGUUAGUUUAUAAACGUAAAUCUGGUUAUUUCGCCUUAUCUGACCGUCUGUUGGGAUCAGGAUUAAAAUUUAUCCAACAACAAAACUUGGAAUUAUCUUCCCCUGAACAAUCAUAA